AUGUCGUUGAGGGGCCUUCCCAGCGCAUCCAUGCUCUCACGGAGCUGCACACGCGCGGGCCUGGGCCGCACCACGCAAACGCAAAAGCACACGCAAACGCACACGCACACGCAUACGCACACGCACACGCAUACGCACACGCAUACGCAAAAGAGAUGGGCCAGCCACAAGGACCAGAAGCCCGUGGCGGAUGGCGAGCGGCCGUUCUAUCUGCAGCUGCAGGAGAGCAUCCACGAGCGCGUGCAGAAGGAAAAGGCGGAGCAGUACAAGAUCGUGUCGAUGCAGCAGCGGACGGCGCGAGGGCAGUUUUGGGCCACCGUCUCCAUCUUGCUCGUCGCCGCCGGCACGGGCUACUACUUCGGCCAGCUGAAGCCCCCCAAGCUCGACACGGCCUCGACCGCGCCGCUCCACACCUUCCCGCCCGUCAGGCACAACAUCUCCGAGGCCAACAUGGAGGCCGCCUGGACUGACUUCCGCGACAUCGUCGGCAAGGCCAACAUCUCGCUCGAGCGCUCCGACCUCGAGGCCCACAGCGGCUCGGCGUGGUCGUCGCACCCGGCCGCGCCCGGCGACGUGCCCUUCUGCGUCGUCAAGCCCGGCUCGACCGAGCAGGUCAGCGCCAUCAUGAGCAUCUGCCACGAGCGCAAGAUCCCCGUCACUCCCUACAGCGGCGGCACCAGCCUCGAGGGCCACUUCGCCGCCACAAAGGGCGGCGUCUGCAUCGACUUCAGCCGCAUGGACAAGAUCCUGAACCUGCACAAGGACGACCUCGACGUCGUCGUCCAGCCCGCCGUCGGCUGGGAGCGGCUGAACGAGGAGCUCGCCAAGGACAACCUCUUCUUCCCCCCCGACCCCGGCCCGGGCGCCAUGAUCGGCGGCAUGGUCGGCACCGGCUGUUCGGGCACAAACGCCUACCGCUACGGCACCAUGAAGGACUGGGUCAUCUCGCUCACCGUCGUCCUCGCCGACGGCACCGUCAUCAAGACGCGCCAGCGCCCGCGCAAGUCGUCGGCCGGCUACGACCUCACGCGCAUGUUUGUCGGCAGCGAGGGCACCCUCGGCCUCGUCACCGAAGCCACGCUCAAGGUCACCGUCAAGCCCCAGCACACCAGCGUCGCCGUCAGCGCCUUCCCCUCGAUCCGCGCCGCCGCCGACUGCGUCUUCAAGGUCGUCGGCGCCGGCGUGCCCAUGGCCGCCAUCGAGAUCCUCGACGACGUGCAGAUGCAGUGCAUCAACGACGCCGGCCAGACGGCCAAGACGUGGAGGGAGGCCCCGACGCUGUUCUUCAAGUUCGCCGGCACGCCCAGCAGCGUCAAGGAGCAGGUCGCGCAGGUGCAGGCCAUGGCCAAGAAGGCCGGCUCCGUCAGCUUCGAGUUCGCCAAGAGCGAGCAGGACAAGGAGGACCUGUGGCAGGCGCGCAAAGAAGCCCUGUGGUCCGUCAUGGCCAAGGGCGAGGGCAACCCGGACAUUGCCGUCUGGACGACCGACGUCGCCGUCCCCAUCAGCCGCCUCCCGCAGAUUAUUGAAGAGACCAAGGAGCAGAUCAGCAAGUCGGGUCUCCUGGGCAGCAUCGUCGGACAUGCUGGUGACGGCAACUUUCACUCCAUCAUCCUCUACAACCGCACGACCGAGUACGAAAAAACAAAGCACCUCGUGCACGACAUGGUCAAGCGGGCCAUCGAGCUCGAAGGCACUGCGACCGGUGAACACGGCGUUGGACUGGUCAAGCGCGACUACCUGCCUCACGAGCUGGGGACGGACACUGUCGAUGCAAUGAGGCAGCUGAAGAAGGCGUUUGACCCUCUGUGUCUGCUCAACUGCGAUAAGAUUGUUCGCGCUAAGACGCCAGGCAAGGGCGAGGUGGCUGAGUGGUAG